UACAAGAGAUCGAUAUGUGUUGAAUUUGACAUAAAGAGAUAUAAUGAGUCAUCUUUUUUUAAAUGCAUUGCUUCUUCUCAAAAUAACAGAUUUUCCAUGCGUAUUAUUUGCGUGAUAUUUUUGUAUUACGAUUCUUAAAAAUUCACGGUUUCUCGAUCAUCGCGCUAUCUUCAACAUUCUUAUUAAUCAGCUGUGUUGCUGUUAUUAUGAUAUUGUUCACGUUUUCAUAAAGUGAAAUAACACUAUAUUCAUCAUUUACAAAAACAAUGAAAUCCUCGCUCGAUAAGCAAUGACCAAUGCUGUUCUGCCAAACCAAAGAAAGGACUGUACUCUCUUUUUUUCAAACUUAUAGCACAGAAAAACAAUUCAUCUACAUGAUAUAUUGAAGAAUUUCAAACGAUAUAGAUAGCAUUUAGAAGUACUGUGAAAAUGGAUAGCCUUUUCACACAGAAUAUUUCAGACGAACCAGAGGACAUACCACAAAUAGAUGAGCCAGUUUGGAUUCUUGGAAAACAAUAUAAUGCCAUAAAAGAACUCGACGCAAUUCGUAGGGAUAUAAGGUCCAAAUUAUGGUUCACUUAUCGUAAAGGUUUUGUACCAAUUGGUGGUUACACAUCCACGUUUACAUCCGAUAAAGGUUGGGGUUGUAUGUUAAGAUGUGGACAGAUGGUCCUUGGACAAGCUUUAAUUAUAUUACAUUUAGGUAGAGAUUGGCAAUGGACACCAGAAACUAGAAAUAGUACGUACCUGAAAAUUUUAGAACGUUUUGAAGACAGAAGAACUGCCCCUUUCUCUAUUCAUCAAAUUGCAUCAAUGGGAGCAUCUGAAGGAAAAGAAGUUGGACAAUGGUUUGGUCCUAACACAAUAGCACAAGUAUUAAAAAAAUUAGUUGUAUAUGAUGAUUGGAGUUCAAUUACGAUACAUGUUGCUCUGGACAAUACAUUAAUAGUUAAUGAUAUUUUAAGACAAUGUAGAGUAGAAGGAGGUACAACAGCAGAAGCAGAUGGUAAUAUACCGUUAAAAGCACCUAGCCAAUGGAAGCCUUUAUUACUUUUAAUACCUCUACGUCUCGGAUUAAGCGAAAUUAAUCCUAUCUACAUUAAUGGGCUUAAAACUUCAUUCAAAAUCCCGCAAUCUCUAGGAGUGAUAGGAGGAAAACCCAAUCUUGCAUUAUAUUUCAUAGGAUGUGUUGGAAACGAAGUCAUUUAUUUGGAUCCUCAUACAACACAAAGAUCAGGUAGCGUCGAUAAAAAACUAGAGGAAGAAGAGAUUGAGAUGGAUGCUACUUAUCAUUGUAAAUUUGCUAGUCGUAUUCCUAUUACGGGAAUAGAUCCUUCUGUAGCUCUUUGUUUCUUCUGUGCGACUGAGAGAGACUUCAAAUCUUUGUGUAAAGUUAUUCAAGAAGAAUUAAUAACUCCUGAAAAGCAACCUUUGCUUGAGUUAUGCGCAGAAAGACUGGCACAAUGGUCACCAGCUGAAGAUGUUGCUGCUUCAGAAGCAAUAGCAGCUCCAAGUUUUGUAGAUUUUGAGCACAUAGAUCCGCAAUAUGAUACAUCAGACGAAGAUUUCGAAUUACUAGGUUGACAUUCAUUCAUCAAUUAAUGACAAUUUGCGAUAUAAAUAAUGUGUACAUAAUAUCGAGAAUGGUCCAUUCAUACAUAAAAUACAAUUAUUCAUCUAAUAUAUACAUAUAUAUUUUAUAUUAUACAUUAAUAAAAUAUACAUGUAUAUAUAUACAAACUUAACUUAAACUAGUGCUACUUCAGUACUAGCAGUUGCGUAAUAAAAUAAUUUAUACCAAAUAAUUAGAAUAAUGUAUAUAUUACUUGUAUUUAAAUUUUUUGGACAUGAGUGAUCUGUGCACUAUAUAUUGUUGAUUCAAUAAAAAGUAUAAAGAAAUAUUUGUUUUUAUAAAUAACACAGUAUAUGUUUAUUUUUGUAUAUUAACUAAAUUAAUACAAAUGUAUAUUAAUCAAGCAACAUAAGUGUAUCAAUCAUUGUAAUAUUUAUGCAUUUUAAUGCAUUUAAAAAAAUUGAUAUUGUUGUUUACUAUUAAUUGAUGAAAAUGUACACUUAACAUUAAGAACACUCGUGUCCCUAAAAUGCCUCUGCCUUCUAUAAUGGAUAAUGUAUAUGAAAAUUUUCAUGUGCAGUGAUAUAUAUAAUUUCAACUGUGUUAAAAUAAUAUCACUAAACUAAUGAA